AUCGAUACACACUAAUAUCUUAAAUAAAUAUCACCUGUUAUCAUAUUAAUUGAUAGAUAUCAUAUUAUCAAUUUAUAAUAUGUCACAAGAUUAUAAUAGAACAUUAUAUCUAUUAGCAUUACAAAAACUUAACAGCUGAGCUUUCCUUAAAUAUCCCAUAGUAAACUCCAAUCUCCUCGCGUUGGCAUUCCACAUUUUCGGUCACAAUGAGUACUGUUCCGAGCGGUCAACGAAUCGAUCCAGUGACGCUGGAUUUCCGCGCUCUUCCCGCCGAUUGCUUCGCCGCUAUCAUCUCCUUAACCAGUCCUCUCGAUGCCUGUAGAUUGUCACUAGUUUCCACCUUUUUCAACUCCGUCGCCAGUUCCGACGCCGUUUGGGUUAAGUUCCUACCGGCCGACUACCAGAAUUUGUUUCCCGCAUCGCACUCCGUUUCCUCCUUGAAGGACCUUUAUCUCAACCUCUGCGACCAUCCUGUACUCAUUGAAGAUGGCAAAAAGUUUUUCACUCAGCAAGAGCUUUUCGUUGGACAAAAGAAGUGGGGAAAAAGUUACAUGCUAGCUCCCAGGAACCUCGCAAUUACAUGGGGUGAUACUCCUCGGGUUAUUGGACGUGGAUCUCCAGACCCAAUUCCAGGUUUCCUGAGGUUGCGAAGCUUCUUGUUGUCUGUUGGUUCAAAAUCACUGGGAGGAUUGAUUGUUGCAAUCUUUCCCCGAUGACACAUUAUAAUGCCUUCCUAGUGUUCAAACUGGGAGCCCAUACUAUAGGAUUUCAGAAUAAACCCAUGGAAGAUACUGUUGGAAUUGGUGGAACUCAAGUUUCAAAGCGAAUUUUGUAUGUUAUGGAUAGUGGAGAUGUAGUAGCGCAAAAUGGUGAUCAGUACCCAAAAGUGAGGGGAGAUGGUUGGUUUGAGGUAGAGUUGGGUGAAUUCUUCAAUGGAGGAGAACUUUGAAGAAUUGGAAAUAUAUAUUUUCUCGUUUGAUGGUUACUCUGUGGGCGGUCUCUAUGUUCAAGGCAUCGAUAUGAGGCCAUAUUAGUAGGACAUAACAAGGUUUUCUUCUUGUUUUCUUCUAUAUGUUUUAUUUUGUAUGAGAGAAAAUUAACGAUUGCAAUGCACUGGUUUUACAAGGAUGCCAGUUUUAUUGGUGGAGUUAUUAACUGUGAUGCAAUUUAGUAUUCAGCAUAAAUGAAUUUCAUUUGU